AUGCGCUGCGGCAAGGGGUUCCACCCCUGCACCCCGUUUAGACGCCAAAGGAAGAUUUUCGUGGCAAUCUGCCAUUUCGAUGUGAAAGCAGUAUCGCGGGCAACGGGCCGAAGUGCCGUUGCUGCUGCUGCUUAUCGAACUGGCGAAACGCUCACGAAUGACCGGGACGGCGUGACCCACGACUAUGCCAAACGCACCGGCGUAGAUGGCAAGUUUGUGGUUGUGCCUUCCGGUUGCGAAUGGGCGGCUGAUCGUUCCAAACUGUGGAACGCUGCCGAAGCCGCCGAGCGCCGCAAAGAUGCGAAGGUUGCGCGCGAGUAUGUUGUGGCCAUUCCGCAUGAACUGGACGCCCCGGCCCGUGAAGCCUUGGUGCGCGGUUUUGCGGAAUCCAUUGUGGAGCGGUUCGGGGUUGCGGCUGAUGUCGCACUCCAUGCCCCCGGCAAGGACGGCGACCAGCGCAACCACCAUGCCCACAUUCUGACCACGACCCGCGUUGUCGAACCGGACGGGCUAGGGGCGAAGACCCGGCAACUGGACGUUGCCAGCACCGCCGCCGCCGAGGUGUCCAGUCUGCGCGAAUUGUGGGCCAUGCAGUGCAACGAGGCACUGGAAAAGAACCACCAGAAAGCCCGCGUGGAGCCGCGCAGCUAUGCCGCGCAGGGAAUCGACCGGGUGCCGGGUGUUCACCUUGGGCCGGAAGCCACGGCCAUUGAGCGCCGGGAGCAGAAAGCACAGGGCCAGAACUACAAACCCCGGACGUUCAAAGCCAAGCAGAACGCGGCCGCAGCGGAGCGCAACGCGGUCAUAGACGCGGCCAAGAAACUGAUCGACGCGGCGGAGCAGGCAAUCACCAGGGCGACCAGUGCCGCCAAGGAAGUGGUCGAUUGGUUUUCGUCCCUGGCACAAUCUGUCGGGUCGGCCACCAUCGAAAAAGAGCAGAAAGAGCGGGCCGAGAAAGAGGCCAGAGAGCGCCAAAAAGCGCAGGAAAGAGCCAAAGAGCAGGAGGAAUACAGGAAACGCUUGCAAGAGAUCGCCCAGAGGCGAGGGCAGGACAGGGGGAGAGGUCGAGGCCGAUCAGCCGGACGGCCAAAGACGUGCUUCUCAUCAUCGCCCGCUCUAUCCGGCCAGCGUCCUAUGAGAGCCUUGCCAGAGCCGCCAAGUGUUCCCGCCGGUCAGUGGCCUACGCUAUCCAGCAGGCCGAGCAGCUCGGCAUCCUACGCCGCUCCCAUAACCGUAUCCGCAGGGGGCGCCGCUGGAUGA